GAGUACUCUGAGACAAAGGCUGAAGCUAAUGAGGACAUCUUCGAACAGAACCUUCUCUCUGGUUACUUGAUGUUUGCAGCUGGUCUGACUGUAGGACUCACCAACCUGUUUUGUGGUCUUGCUGUUGGGAUUGUUGGUUCUGCUGCCGCACUUGCUGAUGCUGCUGAUGCUUCCCUCUUUGUGCGCAUCCUCAUCGUGGAAAUCUUCGGAAGUGCUAUUGGUCUCUUUGGACUCAUUGUGGGCAUUCUGCAGACAUCCAAGGCCAAGAUGGGAGACAAGGUGUAAACAAGCAGGCCAAACAAUAAAACAAAAGCAGAAAACAUUCCAAGUAUGCCAAGUUUUUUUUUGCAGACCAGUGACUUAUCAAGAGGAAGUCAACCCAGAAUUAUUAGAGCACAAAGAGAAAUAAGCCUUUUGUUUUAUCAGAAGCCUCCCCUCAGUUGGACUUCUUGUGCUAGUUUUAAACUCCUUUUUAAACCACUAGUUACUAACAUUAAGAAGUAGUGAGGGUACAGGUUGUCAAUUAUCAACUUCUCUUCUUUUCUACUUACUCUUUCUCCAGCUGGUGUUCACUUUUAGGAAGAUACUUUCCAGUUUCAUGAACAGCUUAAAACGAUUCCUCAAAGGUCUUCUCCCAGCUUGCAAUAGUGGACGGCUGGAUUUCUUUAUCGGUAUUUUUAUUUUCUUGUUCUUCCUCCUCCUCUUUUCUUUUCUGUUUUCCUGUUGUUGGAGAGAAUUUCACAAUUCGUAAUUCAUUCUGGUUGUCUUCACCUCCUGCUCAUGCAGUGAUGGAAAUGGUGAUUAUUUCUUUAUCUAUCCUAAUAUACAGUUUCUAGCCACUUACUCUGCAGAGCAUGCAUGAAUUAUAUAUCACUAUUCUAUUGUUGAAUUCUUUUCAUGCUCUUCUCAGUGUAUUUAUUUACAUAGAUUGUAAAUAUGUUAUCAAGGGGUAAUACAGUCUUGUCAUUCUUGUAGAUUGUAUGGCAGUUUAGAUAAUAUUUCUGAGCUGUAAUGUUCCGUGUAUCAAAGGUGAAAUUGAAUAGAUAAUGUAUUGAUGUAAGAUUGUGUGUAUAUAUAUAUAUGAUUGUAUUUCCGUUAUGUUCUGAAUCCCUGAUGUUGUGGGUAAAAGAUAUUGUGAAUAAAGAAGGAUUAUUGGUUU